GUGGGUAUUCAGGCUCACUUCAAAGAGGGUAACGUUCCCAAGACCUUACAAGAGAAUCUCAAACGGUUUUCCGAUUUGGAACUGGAUGUGGCCAUCACUGAGCUUCAAGUUAGGUAUCUGAUGCCGGGAUCAGAUGAUAAGAUUGCAAAUCAGGCCCAGGAUUAUAGUCAUGCUUUUAGCGCCUGUGAGAAAGUGGACAGGUGUGUUGGGGUUACCGUUUGGGGGUUUACGGAUAAAUACUCGUUUUUCUUCGACACGGGUUAUGGGGAACAGCAGUUGUGGACAAAGGAUUUUAAGCCCAAACCCGCCGUAGAAGCCGUCCGUAAAGUUUUGAAAUGA